AUGUGUGGCUACACCUGUGGCAAAGUACUUCCUCAGGUGACUCACGACUCCAGCCAGCCCCAGGCAAGUAAACGGCUGCUGGUUGCUGCUUUCCUCAAGGGUGUGGAAGGGUUUUCAGACCCAGGGUUGGAAACACAGUACACCCAGAAGGAUGUGCAACCCCCAAAGCAGCAGCCAAUGAUCUAUAUCUGUGGAGAAUGUCACACAGAAAGUGAAAUAAAAUCCAGGGAUCCAAUCAGAUGCAGAGAAUGUGGAUACAGAAUAAUGUACAAGAGAAGGAUUAAAAGACUAGUGGUUUUUGAUGCUCAAUGA